AACAAAUACUGUCACUAUUGCUCUUCUACGACCAUCAUCGCCCGUAAUCUGUCCACGUGCACAGCACGCCGAGCCAUGACCUUGUAAAGGUUUGCCUACGAGUACUAGUGCUAAUACCGCUGCCCAGGUGGAAUGGCGCAGACGCUACGUCCGCGAUUUGCACCACUCCCUUGCGAAGUGGGACGAGCCGAUGCACGCCCUGACCCGGAUCCGCUGGCAUCUGCCAAUGACGAUAACAAAUGGAUUCCGCUCAUUUGGUGCCCUGCCGAUUUCCCUCCCGAGUUGUUCGAGACAGCCGUGUCACAGCUCAUUCAUCACCCAGAAUACAACUCGACUCUGAUCCUUCGAUCCGAGACGGUAUCAGAAACGACUUCUGACUUUAGUCCAGCAAUUCCUGUGCUUAGAGGUUUCCGGAUACUGAGGAACACUCAUAGGAGACUGCUCCCUCGACGUCCGGGGCGCGACGCGGGUCUGGAACAGCACUGUACGCUCCAUGCGUCCGAUUGUGGAGGGGACGCGGCCAGCAGCAUUGCGACGACCCUUGUCCUCACACCUAUCGUUGCAUCUGGAGAGCCCUGCCAUCCUCCAGUUCUGCGCAUCGAAACAGCUUCUAUCCCUGGCACUCCGACAGACAUUAAUUCCAGGCUAUACCGGACGUGUCUGGCACUCCUAGAGACAUUACAUCGCUAUGGAUGGGGCGCUAUGACGAACUACAAGAAGCGUGUGCUGCAUGACUGUAUCGUUCCCCGGGAGCCGUAUCAGGAUCUGUAUCUUGUUAUGCGGGAGCGACACAAGCACUUGGUCAAUACUUGGCAAGAAAGCACGGACCCGCUCAAGCACGUCUUCGAGGACAUCGGCAUUGCGACCUUCUUGAUGCUUCUAUGGAAAGAGAUGUAUUCAAGCCCUGUAUCCGAAUCCCCGUUGGAACCGGAUGCAGCCGAACCCUGGAAGAGCUGGCCUCGUCCACCUGCCGGGUUUCUCGACUUAGGAUGCGGAAAUGGCCUGCUCACCCACAUUUUGACCGCCGAAGGGUAUCAGGGCAUCGGUGUCGACCUACGUGCACGCACCUCCUGGUCGCACUACCCUGCGACUACUCAAGCGCAGCUUCGGGUGGAAGCCUUGGAUCCCACCGAGAUGGACAACCCAGUACAUCUUUCUUCCCAUCCGUACUUCCGUCCUGGGAUCUUCAUCAUAGGCAACCACGCCGAUGAACUCACGCCUUGGGUCCCAGUAGUGGCGACACUCUGUUCCGCGUCAGGAUACCUGUCUAUCCCUUGUUGUUCCUGGGCAUUCGACAUGCGCUACGAGCGCUCUAGCACCCCUGCCUACCCCUUCCAGACGGGAAGCAACACCAGCUCAUACUCAUCUUAUCGAAUCUGGUUGGCGUCGUUGAGUUUGCAUCUGGGUUGGAAGAUAGAAAGCGAGACACUGAGGAUACCGAGCACGCGAAACUGGGCAAUUAUAGGGAGGUCGAGGACGUCCGAAGACAUUGCCAAUCUGGCAGAGUUCGGGCAUCACGCAAAACAGAUCGUACAGACAGCGCGGGAAAGAGGUUUGUUCAAGACGAGACGACCCGAGGGAAAAGCAGGUGGCGAUCAUUGAUCACUAUUGCCUAUAUGAUACAGUACUAUAUCAUGCGUUAGGCUAUGUCAUCAUAUCCGCCGAAGUUAAUAUUGCGUUGCUUUUGGCGAAACAGCCCUUGUGCAAUAUUGAGUAGGAAUUUGACUAUGAAUACUGAGC